AUGGAGCGAAGCCGCACCAGCACCCCGGACAAGGCCGGGGCAGCCGUGCUGUGGGGCUGUGAGCUAACCCAGGAGAAGCGGACCUGGACCUUCAGGCCGCAGAAGGAGGGGAAGGACUGUAAGGUGUUGCUCAAUACGAUUUGCCUGGGGGAGAAGGUCAAAGGGGAGAUGAACCUCGUGGAGAUCGUGCCCCCAACAAGCCAGGAGGAGAAGAGGACCAAGCCCAUCCCCAUCGCCUCGCUGCAGGCCUCCGUCCUGCCCACGGUCACGAUGGGCCUGGAGCUCUCUCCUCCGGUCACUUUCCAGCUCCGGGCAGGCUUGGGACCCGUGUUCCUCAGCGGCCAGGAAUGCUAUGAGAUUCCUGAAGUCUCCUGGGAGGAAGAAGAGGGGGAGGAGGAGGAUCAGUCAGAGGAGGAAGAUGACGACGAUGACGACGACGAUGAUGAAGACGUGACCCUGGAGGACUCUCCUGUCAAACAAGGCAAGAGGCUUUCGUCCCAGAAGCAGGCCAGCGUUGCCAAGAAAAAGAAAGUGGAAAAAGAAGAUGAGGCGGUCAGAGCCAGUCUUAAAGGCAAGAGCCCUGUGAACAAGGCCAGAUACACACCCAAGGGGAAAAAGCCAGUGCCCAAGAAAUGA